CUGGCCUCUUCCUGCAAAGCGGAAGUGCUAGCCACUACUCCACUGAGCAGCCCACACCGUAAAGUCCCGAAAUGGAAUUUUUGGUUUUAGUGGGUUAGGACUUUCACUUACUCUUUCUUCGUCCUCAAAUUAUCUGCUUUUCAAGCUUUUCGCCAGCAGGUGAUAGUAUAAUCCCAACCUGUUUCUCUUCCCCGCGGCACAAACUGAUGCAACAGAACUGUACACAUAUGUACAGAGCCCGCCGGAAUUACCGCUGUGAUUGGUCAAAAAUGUCACGUGAUGGCUAAAAGCGUAAAGCUCAUUGGCCGGCUCUCCUGUCAAGUCAAAUUCUCCACAGGUACAGUCCAACGCGAGACGUCUGAGCCACGUUGAUAGCGUUAUAAAUUCAGGUAAACUUGUGGCUGUUGGUCAGUCAGUCGGUCAAGUUAGAGAUUCUUCUGUUGACUCGUAGAAUGAGUGUGGGUUUUAUAGGAGCAGGCCAGCUGGCCCAUGCUCUGGUGAGAGGCUUUACAGCUGCAGGCGUGAUUGCCUCCCACAGAAUCACAGCCAGUUCUCCAGACACAGAUCUCCCCACUAUACAUCAGCUACGGAAACUGGGUGUGAAUCUGACUACAAGCAACAAAGAGACAGUGAGCAGAAGUGAUGUUCUCUUCCUGGCCGUGAAGCCCCACAUCAUUCCCUUUGUGCUUGAUGAGAUUGGACCAGAUAUUGAAGGCCGUCACCUUAUCGUUUCCUGUGCUGCAGGUGUCACUAUCAGCUCCAUAGAGAAGAAACUGCAGCAGUAUCGCACUGCUCCUAAGGUAAUGCGUUGCAUGACUAACACUCCAGUGGUGGUGCGUGAAGGAGCCACCGUUUACGCCACGGGUACCCAUGCGGAGGUGGAGGAUGGAAAGCUUCUUGAACAGCUGAUGGCCAGUGUUGGCUACUGCACUGAAGUGGAAGAGGACCUGAUUGAUGCUGUCACAGGCCUGAGUGGCAGUGGCCCUGCUUAUGCGUUCACAGCAGUAGAUGCUCUUGCUGAUGGUGGAGUAAAAAUGGGCCUGCCGAGGAGACUGGCGGUGCGCCUCGGAGCCCAAGCCCUCCUGGGGGCCGCUCGGAUGUUGCUAGACUCGGAGCAACACCCUGGGCAGCUCAAGGACAAUGUGUGCUCACCAGGUGGCGCCACCAUACACGCCCUACAUGUCAUGGAGAGUGGUGGCUUCCGCAGCCUUCUUAUCAAUGCUGUAGAAGCCUCUUGUGUUCGGACAAGGGAACUUCAGUUUUUGGCUGACCAGGAGAAGAUCUCUCCUGCUGCCAUAAAGAAGACAACUCUGGACAAAGUGCUACAGCAGCCAGGAGUCACUGCAGAAGCUGUUGGAGUCAGAUCUCAUGGGAUCAGUAUCUUCAACAGCAGUAACCCCAGGGACAAGAAGACCUGAUUGUUUUUUGUUUGGUUUUGUUUAUAGGAGCAGAAACUGAUAACUUUAAUGUGAUUUGUCACAUCACCGAUGAUGCAGUAUAUACUGUAAAUAAACCACUACUGGUAGAUAGUAUACAAGUAUAUAAGAUAAUACUGUCAAGCACCUCUUAAAAAUACAAAAAUCACAAAAUUCUGAAUGAGAUUUGGGUAAAGGACAACAGUAUGAACAAUAAUUUAUUUUUCCCCUCACCAGGCAGUGUUUUGUAUUUGCAAUUCCCAUUUGAGGUAGUAUGGAAAAUAAUAUCCUUUAGUCCCAACAGGAGGUGUAUAGUAUGGCUUAUGUGCUGUCCUGGUCAUUUAGUCAACUUGGAAGUGUAUACCUAUUGUUAGUAUAGCUUUCCAACUCUUAUUUCUGUUGCUGUUUUCUGAUGGGAGUUGCGUGCAAUGAAGCAGUAAACCCAGCACAAAGUUUUCACUGUUUUUCUGAAGGUGGCAUGACAAUCCACUUCUGUAAUGCAUACCAAAAUUAUAUUUUAACAAUUUACUGAAAAUAUUUUAAAAUACUAUAAAUGCAGCAUUCCAUGAUGCAAGAAUGGUCUGCAUAAUCGUUUAAUAUUAAAUUUUAAAAAAGAGAA